CACACGCGCGCGCCACCGCGUUCUCACCCGGCGACCGCAACCGGCAUCAUCACGCACGGAGCGCUAGUAUACGGCGGGGUCGGCGGCCCGGGGCUUUGCCCUCCGAGAGCCUCCGACCUCCCGCCUUUGGAGCUCGGCUUCCGUGGUAGCUGGCGGGAAGACGAGCUGCUACCGUCGACACCCGCGAGUCAGGCCGCGUCGACGCAGAGCGGAUCCUCCGCGAACGAUAAAGGCCAGAAUGUGGAGUGCGUCGUGUGCGGAGAUAAGUCCUCCGGGAAGCACUAUGGCCAGUUCACUUGUGAGGGCUGCAAAUCAUUUUUCAAGAGAUCAGUGAGAAGAAAUCUGACGUACUCCUGUAGGGGGAAUAGGAAUUGUCCCAUCGACCAACAUCAUAGAAACCAAUGCCAAUAUUGCCGACUGAGGAAAUGUCUCAAAAUGGGCAUGAGGAGGGAAGCUGUUCAAAGAGGUCGAGUGCCGCCCACGCAGCCCGCCGGUCUCGCACUCCCUGGCCAAUUCGCCCUCGCGAAUGGCGAUCCAGCGGCAGGCCUCAACAGCCAUCCCUACCUCUCCUCGUACAUCUCCCUCCUACUCAGAGCAGAACCUUAUCCCACGUCGAGAUACGGUCAGUGUGUCCAACCCACCAAUGUCAUGGGAAUAGACAAUAUCUGCGAAUUAGCAGCAAGAUUACUCUUCUCCGCCGUCGAAUGGGCGAGAAAUAUACCUUUCUUCCCUGAACUGCAAGUAACGGACCAAGUAGCACUAUUACGGCUCGUCUGGUCCGAACUAUUCGUCCUAAACGCAUCUCAGUGUUCAAUGCCUCUCCACGUGGCGCCAUUACUUGCCGCUGCCGGACUCCACGCAUCACCGAUGGCGGCAGAUCGGGUGGUGGCGUUCAUGGACCACAUAAGAAUCUUCCAAGAACAGGUGGAGAAGUUAAAAGCUCUCCACGUGGACUCAGCGGAGUACUCCUGUCUGAAGGCCAUCGUACUCUUCACGACAGAUGCCUGCGGGUUAUCAGACGUACCACACAUAGAAAGCCUGCAAGAAAAAUCUCAGUGCGCACUUGAAGAGUACUGCCGGAGUCAGUACCCCAACCAGCCCACGCGUUUCGGCAAGCUCCUACUGAGACUGCCCUCGUUACGAACCGUGAGCUCGCAAGUCAUAGAGCAGCUGUUCUUCGUUAGACUAGUGGGUAAAACCCCCAUUGAGACAUUGAUAAGGGACAUGCUGCUGUCAGGGAGCUCCUUCUCGUGGCCGUACAUGGCGACCAUGUGACAUACAAUGUGGAGACAGCUCGCGGCGGCCUGAUCCACGCCCUACGGCUUUCCGCCAUAUCUGCCGAGCCAGCGUUUCGACUUCCAAAGGUACCAGCGUGAAGCGCCCGAAGACGCCGUGACGUCAUCCAGCGAGUUCCAAGACUCGGAACAGACAGCAUCCGAAGAGUAUUUCGGAUCGCGAAGCAGAGACAGCGAGAGAGCCGAUCCGUGCCCAUCAUUCGAUCCGAUAUCAGCGUUCUACCCGCCGAAGACGGCAGAGCACGAAGUCUUCGAAGCAAGCAAUAAUUGUGAAACUCAAAAAAACGCUCAAAAAACCUCGAUGAUGAUCGACAACCUCCUGAACAUUAGAAGUGAGUCUUGUUCGCAAGCGAACAUAAAAUGAACUCUUAGGGUAUAUUGGGGUCAGUAGUGACAUAGUUCAAGUUAUUUUGUUCCUCUGUAAUAUAUUUAGACUAGAGAUAAUAUUUAAUAAUGUAAAUAAAAUGUUUUUAUUAUAUUGUAAAUGUAUAUUUAAUGUGAUAAGGUAAAAGAGGCAUGUUUUCUACGACGUUCAAUAAGAGAGCUCUUUAAGCGAUAUUCCUAAAUUGGAAUUGAUUUUGUAUUGACUAUAUCUUCCGUAAGCAGUAAUUUAUAUAGGCGAAAUUUAAAUAUUAGCAAUCUUGGAUUGGCAGAAUGCAAUAAUAGAAUACUGAGUGGCCGAUGUACGUGGAUACGUAGACGGACGGUUUUAGUCGAUAAAUUGCGAAUUUUUGAUGCAAUAAAAUAUUCCAAGCCCAAAGUUCUGUUAUAAAUGAAUUUCUGUUUAGGUGCUAUAAAAAUACUAUCGGAUUUUAUUUGAACUGAUCUGUUUUUGAUAUUCUAAAAUGCAGCAAUAAUGAAAUAAAAAUAUUGUAAAUGUUUAAUAUACUGUAAGAUUUAAAUUUUUCUUUCACUGGUGCUUUUAAAAAUCGUAACUUUUUUUUUUUACCUGUCAAAAUGUACAAACUUUGUAUAAUUCCGAGAAAGCAUUUAUUGUAUCGUUUUUUAAAAGAUUUUCGUAAGCAAUAAUAAUGUUAAUUUGUGUGUAGAGGUUUUAUAUGAUUUCAUAGUGUUUUAUUGUUUCUUAUAUCGUAUUAAGAAAAUAUCUUUAUAUCGAAACAUUUUGAAUGUGUUUAAUUAAAAACAUCCUAAGUCAGUUGUAGUGGCAGAUUUUUUUAUUUUUUAACUUUUCUCUAACAACAAAUUCGUAUCUUGUUAGUAAAAUGUCACAAGUUAUUUAAACAGACAAGCUAUAUUGAGUCUUAUGUACUCUAAUUGUUAUAAUUAUUGUGUUCAAUAUCGUUCGUGUCGGAACUGUGUCAUUGGUAAACGUUUAAAAACGCUGAUGAGAUACGAAUUUGUUGUUACAAAAAUAUACUACUAUAUAGAAAAAUAAAAACGUACACAAAUAGUCAUUAAACAUAUAUAAUUCUAUAGAACAUUUCAGUUAUAAGAUAUUUUUUGUUUUGUUUUUUGAAAACAUAAAUACAGAAGAAUAAAAAUUAACAAAAGUCCUAGAAAAUUGGAUUUAUAUACGAAUAUGAUCGUAAAUAAUGCAUUGAUUACGUUUAAAAAAAUAUCAUUAAGAGCUCUACAAACUCAGUUCUCUAAGAAUUGGAUAAGUAACUAAGGCAUAUUAUUUUAUUUUCUUUAAUAAAUUAAAGUCGUACAAAAGUAUAAGCAAAAUUCAUAACACUUCAAUGUACAUAAUAUUUAUUAUAAACGACUAUUCAAAAUGAACGUACGAAUAUGUUUUUUUUAAUCCAUCCAAUGCAUUUUUAUCUCUAGACUUGUGACAUAAAAAAAUUACUAAUAAGAGCAAUAUAUACCUCUCUUUUUAACACCAGUUUUCCUUAUUGAGCAUAAACUCUGUCUCUUUCAUGUAAUAUGUUUAUUGAUUAAGAACGAAUUCUAAAUUUGAAAUUCGUUUUAUCUAGAGAUAAAUUAUCAUUGAAUAUCCAUCGUAACUUUUUAUUAUGAUUUGUUUGUAUAUUUUCUACUCUUUCACUAUUGUGAAAACUCCUGCCAAAUCUACGACAUGUAAAAGAGAAGGAAUGUAUUUAUUCGCAAUAAUUGUACAGAGGGUGUAAUUAUAGAGUCGGUGUGUUUGAUCGGAACUGUAUGAGAAAACGUAAUUGACGAAUAAAAAAUGUCUUUCUGGA